AUGGUAUUCGCAAGUUACCUCUGGCUGCUUCUGUGCUACGCUCAAAAUGCUAGAAGCAAUCUAAUCGAUGAAAACGUUGAGGAACUGUCCAACCGGUUUCUGGGUCAGGAGGGCCCACAGUCCCUGUCGCUUCCCAUCCAUCUUGGAGUCGAACCGACGUCUGGUUGUCUAUGCCGAGCGACCUAUAAUCGCAAAACUGUAGUUUGCUUUGGGAACUACGACUGCAAGAAAUUUCCACGGUUCAUGAUGAAGAGUGAUCUUCUAAAAGUGAGGACAACGUCCAUCAGAUAUAUACACGUUGGUGAUCUGGAUGCUUUUUACUAUUUGAAAAUAUUAGACAUAGAGGCAAAUCAUCAGUUAACUUAUAUAGAGCCUGGGUCUUUUCGGAAUUUAAGCAAUCUGGAACACUUGUCCAUAUCAUAUAAUACAGCGUUACGAGUAAUAGGAAAUAAAACGUUUGAAGGAUUGACGAAUCUUAGAAAUUUAACAUUGGUAAAUAAUAAUUUCAACAAUAUAAGACUACUAACACCAGCUUUCACGCCGAGUAUACUGCCAUUAUUAAAAUCAUUGGAUUUGUCUAAAAAUAAUCUGGAAGAAAUACCCGAGAAUGCAUUCCAUCCAAUGCGUGGAACUCUAUUACAAAAGUUGGAUAUCUGUUUAUGUCGACUGGAUUUCAUUCAUCCCAAUAGCUUUCUGCCACUGACGCAAUUGAAAAAAUUGCAUAUAGGGGAAAAUGACUUAGACCCGGCCUUAAUAGGCAAUUUUUUAACCAAUAUGUCAAAAUCUAAUAUUAACUUAACUUAUCUAGAUUUAUCUGCUAUGGGUUUUCGAAAAAAUCCACCAAAAGAACUAAUGAAUAUAAUUGCUCACACUACUAUUAAAAUGCUCAUUUUAGCUCAAAACCAAUUUGAAAUCAUUCCUGAUGAUGCAUUUCCUGAAAUGGUUAAUAUAGAACUGCUGGAUCUGAGGAAAGUAUUUGCCAUUUCAAUAGGACCAAAUACUUUUGAACCUCGUAAGUUUCCGAAUCUCAAGAUUUUACUACUAGGUGGUAACAAUUUGCCUGGUGUGCACAGAAAGCCACUUUCUGGUCAAUUGCUACUUUUAGAUCUGUCUAAUAAUAAAGGGAACUCUGAAAAUCCAAUGUAUUAUGAAAUUGAUAAAGAUACUUUCCAGGACACAAAGAGUUUGAAAAUAUUAAAUAUUGGAUUUAACAUGAUCAAAUCUAUAUAUGAUUAUACAUUUCGUGGUUUAGAUAAUCUUAAAAUGUUAGAUAUGGAAAAUGGUACAUUAUAUUAUAUUGGGCCAGGCACAUUCAAAUCUACUAGACAUCUACAAAUACUUAACUUAGCAAAUAACCCUUUAAAUGUAAAUGAAAAUAAUUUCACAAGCGCCCAAUUCGAGGGGUUAAAUGAGUUGAAAGUUUUAAUAUUAUCAAAUUGUGGCAUUAAAAAUUUUAACGAUGAUGAUAAUAUUUUUGAAAUGAUGCCGCGGUUAUUACAUCUGAUACUUAGAAAUAACCAAUUGUACUUUAUUUCUGCUGAGACAUUGAAACCAUUAAAAUUUCUGCAAGUUCUUGAUUUGAGCGGAAAUCUUUUGAUAUCGUGGUGGAAGCCUCUGUUUUUAACAGCAGGAGUAAAACCAUUACAACUAUACUUAACUAAUAAUAAAAUUUCCCACUUUACGGUCAGCAUGAUACAAGAUAUCAGUUACUUAUUAGAAGACCGACAUAAUCAAUCAGUAAAAAUUGAUUUUAUGGACAAUGUUUUCACGUGCGAUUGUAGCACAAUGUAUGAGACUGCAUUAUGGUUAGAACUAAAUGGAUCAAUAGCACUGAAACAUUAUUUUUCUAAUGCCAAGUUUCAGUGCAGUAGCCCAGACGUUUGGGAAUAUAAAAAAGUUAGUGAUUAUAUGGCUUCCAUGAAAAAAUUACAGUGUUCUGUUUACAAUAAAAUUUCCAAUGUUAUGGUAUUUAUUUGGACUGCGCCUUCUUUGGUUACCUUAACAUUAUUAGCAGUUAUAGUUACAACUUUAUACAAAUACCGAAUCUAUAUUAGAUACUGGUUGUUCUUAGCUAAGAUAGCAUUAGGUAGGAAAUUUAUAAGAAGUUCUUUAAAGGCUGGUAAGAACGCGCCUAAAAAAUACAAGUAUGAUGCAUUUGUUUCUUACUCCAACGAGGACAGAGCAUUUAUUUCUGAGAUCAUAUCUCAUUUAGAAGAAAAUCCGCCUUAUUUAAAACUAUGCAUUUACGAGCGUGAUUUUGAGAUAGGUUCGUUCAUCUCCGAAUCAGUGUUAUCGAGUAUUAACGAGAGUAAAUAUGUGGUGUUGUUGAUAAGUAACAGUUUUGCAAGAUCUCAGUGGUGCAGAUGGGAAACACAGUUAGCCGAAUAUCAUAGAAUAUUUCUAGAAGAUGGCACUACAUAUGACCCACUUGUACUUAUUAAAAUUGGAGAAAUAGAGAGCAAAUAUUUAACGACCACUCUAAAAUUUUUGAUGAAAACUAAAAUUUACCAUCAGUGGGAUGAAAAUAAUAAGGAAGAAUUUUGGACAAAGCUACGAAAUGUCUUAAUAAAAGAAGUAUAA